CUCCCGAGCCAUAGACCGCAAUGAUGCAGAAAGUUACUGUACAUGGGCGUGACCUUUAAUAUAAUGUGUGCCUUCUACGAUAUCCGCUUGAACAUUGCAUGCCUAUAGUUUAAAGAAAUAAAUUCGUGCCAGAUAUAAGGAUAACCUACCAGACCAUUAAAUAGAGAAGCGAAAAUGGCUGCCGGUAUGAAUGGAAUUUUGGUGGUAUCGUUUACGCUAAUGAUGGUGUGUCUUAUAGCUGACGGACAAAACAUUUCCUCACAGGGUACAAGCUGCAGUUUAUCUGCUGAUAAAAACAGUGAGGAUUUUAAAAACGCAUUGGACACUGGGUACAAUAUGCUAUUCAUGAUCUUCUCGUACAGUAAUAUAAGCCAAGAAAUCCCUAUUUCUAUGUAUACUCCUCAACCCCUUACAUGGGUCCACGUGUCAGGAAACCAUGGAAAGGGUCUGCUUUGGCUCAGACAGAACUUUGAGACGUUGUCCCUGACGAGUUUGAGAUACGGAGUCGCCAGUAUGGAUAUUCAACUAUCAGAUAAUCCAGGGGGAUGUUUAAGUUCAAAAUCGGCGUCGGAAAUAGCAGAAGAUGUACAAAAUUUUAUUCUUAAUAACAUUGCUGACCCCGUCAACAACAACACCUGGAUAGGAAGCGAAAUAUGCAACGCUAGAUUCAGGGACGGUGAGACGGGCACUGAAGUUUAUUUUGUGUGUUGUACAAAGGAUGAAGAAUUUCAGACAACCUGCAAUGAACUAAAACGUAACAAAUGGAUGGAUGUUUUCUUUUUGUGUAUCAUCGUGUUACCAUUGGUAGCUCUUAUGUUUGCUCCUUUGCUGAUACCCUUCGAUCUGUUCCGCAGUAACACAAGUGACGUAUACUUCCAACAUAAGCUCGACAUUCCACUUCACGUCAAUGUUACGAAACGUUCUGAUGACCAUCACGAAGAAAAGGUUCCGAUUGAAAUACCAGAAAGGUAUUUUAAAGAUAUGCCGAGAUUCUGUAAAUCUCUUGCCACAUUUAAUGAAAAUAUCAAGUAUGAUUGUACGCUGGAGAAGAUCCAUUUUUACGUCGACAAAGACGAGUUAAUUGAAAAGGACGCCGAUCCAUUUGGACCCUUCACUAUGCUGUACGAUAUGCUUGCCCGAUACGAACUGAGGAGACGUGAUUUUAGCGACAGUAGGUCAGUUCGAGAAUUUUUUAGUGUACUUUCAGGAAAGAUUUUGAAUACUGCGUAUUUGUUACUGAUCAUUAGUUUGGUUAAUAUCCCAGUUAUAAUAAGAUUAGCGGUCUUCUUUUCGUAUACUGAACCAGCGUGGUUUAUUGUCAACAGCUUAGAAAAGCUUCAGCUGAAUGCUGACCUUCUACAAUAUAACAGCUUUGGAGUCAGUGUUAUUCCUCGUCUUGAGCUGUACAUUAUAUAUCUAAUUCUUCUAGGACUUUUCGUUCUUGUACAGUUCUUCAAGAUUCGAGGGUCACGCCGAAUAGAUGUAGUUAUUGAAAUUCUGAAACAGUGUUUACGGGAUUCGCGUAAACGGCGGAUAAAAUUAGCCUUCCAAACGAUAUAUAAAGCGUGUCGUUCCGUCGUACAACAGAGUAACAUGUUAGGUCGGAUUCUUGCUCUGUUUUAUUUCGUACUGUUUCUUCCUUUCGUCGUGUUUAACUUCAUCUUCUACCUACUCCCUACUGUCAACCUGACUCUGUCAAUGCCAAUCUACCUUUUCACUUAUGUCCUAUCUAACAAGUGUGGCUGUUUGUCUAGAAGUAGCUGUGUACGAGCAAUCGCCAAGCACGUGUCGGAUGGAUUAGGGCUCGAUCCCAUUUUUAUACAAAAUACGGAUGGAGUAGAUACAAAGGACGACGAAGACGACGAGAAUGACGAAGAUAGUAAGUUGUGUUCGCCCGCUGAUAUGUUGAUUAUACUAAUUCUAGUUUGUUCCAUGCCUUUGAUAAUUUUCAUUGUACUAGAUUGUAUGUCUUUCUACAUUGAUAUCAUGAUCUACGUUUUGAUUGGUCUGCUUUUAAACGCGUCAUUUACAACGAAAUACGUGAUCUUAGCUCUCAUGCUCGGAUUUUAUAUUCGGGAUCUAUUUGGCGGUGUGACAAAUCGCUACAUUAAGUUUAAUAAUACCAUUAUCGCUGAGGCAAUGAAGAAAACAAAAGAGGACAUCCUCAAGGUAUCUCUACUGAAUGAAAAUAUCCAGAAAAAUACGGCAUUCCAAUUAAAGGAUGAAACACCUCUUGGCGAUCCCGAUGCAGAGAAAGCGAGCACCAUACCAAGUGACAACUUCAGCUUAGGUCACGAUGAUGUAAACCUGUUCUGGAAAACAAAACGGCUGAUGUUCUUUUUGGACAGAAAAGACACGCCUUAUAUUCCAAGGAAUUUCUUCUCGCAGGCGUGUAUAAUGGAUUGUGUAGGCGUGCCUGGGCCACUGGGCCAGAAUCUUAUUGAUGUCAUCAACAGCAUUUUAAGAAUUUUCUUCUUCUUAUUUUUCAUCAUGAUCGUAGCUUUGUCGUUCGGUGAAGAAUCUGAUUCCAUUAGCACAAACCAAACGCUCACAGCCAUAGCUGGAGGUCUCAUUCCCUGGUUAUUUAGAAAAUAUUUGCAGGCACCUGAGGACAUAGGGGUUGACAUUGAAAAUCUCCAUUUUCGCGAAGUGUUAAACGAUGUAAUAAGAGAGUAUGAUGAGUCCUGGACAGUGGCGGAUAUCGAAAUUACUAAUACUCAGGUAUCGCCCGAUCAAACAGUCGGGGUGAAUGAUAUAGAAGGCAAUGAAAUUCGGGACCAGUCAGAGGAAAAUCUGUUGAAGGCAGAACGCUUCAGCUCUCUCUCUGAAACCUCAGAAUCUGAUAAAAAAGACACGUUACUAAGUGAAAGAAGGAAUAGUUCUUCGAAGGACAAUGUUUAUGAGCAUGAAACUACAUCAGUAUCGCGGCAGAUCUCUGUCAUUCAAGACCAUUUAGUUGUUUUAAUUGAUAAGAAUGAUAAGAAACCAAUAAGAGCGGUAGUGGUUUAAAUGUUGUCAUUCAAAAUAAUAGUUUAAAGAAGUAUCGCCGUUACUAUCCAAACUAUAAACAGGAAGUGUUCAGUUAUAUACAAAUAGGUAACCGGCAAACACGGAAAACGGGAAUGCACAUAUAUAUUAUAUGAAGUGGAAUUAAAAAAAAUGGAUGUGGAAUUUGUAAAAUGAAAUAGAAUUGAAAAAAAAAUCUUAGCUCUGUUAUUGAUUAGCAUUUACACUGUGGUGAUAAUGUAAGAAUUCAUCUUUUAUCUUUGGUUAUGAUAUAACUUUUAGAAUUGAUGAUUUAAGUUUUGUAGCUUUUAGCAAUUAGAGCGAUGCUUUCUGGACAUUGAAAUUCGUCAAUUUUACUGUUAGGACGCAAAUGAAUCAAAAGUUAAAUAAGGUGGUUAUACAUCAAUACUUUCCCGUUAACUUUUUCUCUAAUUUGGUAUAUUGAAAUAGUUUUGAAAUCAAUUCGAGUCAGCUAAUGCCUUAAAAGGGUAGAGUACCGCGUCAAACACCUUAUUUAAAAUGACGUCGACAACAAACAUCCUAUUUACAGCGGCGUCGUCUUGUUGCCAAGCGUAUCGUUCAACUAUCUGAUGCCAAGUAACUUUUUAUGAACUCCACUUUUUUGUGUUGGACCUCCUUUUUUAUUACAAACAUGUGAUAAAAAGAAAAUGGAUUGUUUUUCCAGUAAAUAAUAAUAUAGUGUAUCACUCGUAUGACAGAAUUUAUCUUUAUUUUUUAUCGUGUUUCGUAAAAAUAUAAAUACUCGUGGUAGGCUGCUGUAAGUCCAACUUAAAUUGGUUUCGAAUGCAUCUGAGACUACUGACAAUUAACAGCAUUGUGGAAUCUUCACUAUAUUUUCAUUUUUGUUUCUGUUAAUAUCAUGUUUUUAUUUUUUUGUUAAUAUCAUGUUAUUUCUAUUUUUGUUUUUGUUAAUAUGCUGUUCUUUAGAUAACUGCAUUAUUUUGUUUUUAUCGAAUAAAAAGGAUGUCAAACAUUAAAGUGAAUGUAAUUCUUAAUGAGAGUAAGCAAAAGAUUUUUUUUCAAAAAGACUUGUCGGAGAUAGAAAAAGCUAUCUAUUAAAAAAAAUGUGCCUUUCAUAUAAACAAUAAAAAACACUCUGAAAUAUAGAGUUGUGUGUAUGAUAUUAUAAUUUUAAUAUUUGUGUUUGAUAUGUUUAUACAAACGUAUUUAAG